AUGGACAAGUACCAACGCGUUGAAAAGCCUCGUCGUGACGAGCACCCGACGCAGGUGGAGCCCAACGAGAUCCGCAUCACGCAGCAAGGCAAAGUGCGGAGCUACAUCUCGUACGGCCACGGUCUAUUUACUGAGAAGAAUGAACGCUGUAUCGUGCUGAAAGCCAUGGGCAAUGCCAUUAGUAAAGCAGUGACAGUGGCCGAGAUUUUAAAGCACCGCGUGGCUCAUCUCCACAUGGUGACGCGCAUUUCGUCGAUUGAGACCGUUGAUGUGUACGAGCCACUGGAAGAGGGACUCGAUCGCAUCGAGACGAAGCGCAAGAUCCCGAGUAUCUCCAUUCAAUUGUCACUGGACGAGCUGGACCGAGACGAUCCAGGGUACCAGAGUCCAAUUCCCGCUGACCAAGUGUCGGCCGGCUCGCCGUCGUACUCAAACUCUCGUGAGUACAGAAAGGCACGUGGACAGAGUCGACGAUCGGGCCGCACUAGUGGACGUGGUGGUGGCAAUGCUGAACCGGAUGCUGCAGUUGAGACGGUGGAGACUCAAGAGACAGGGGAGCAGGAAGCACGUGGAGAUGAGGAAGCUGCGAGUGGUGCGUCAACGACGCGUGGCAAGCGAGGUAAAGGACGGGGAUGGGGACGAAGUGGUAGCAAUGGAGGACGUGGCCGGAAGUCUGGGGAGCCAAGUCCGACCGACGAGGGAGAUAGCAAUGUUGAAGCUAGCAGUGCAGUAGAGAAUGAAGUAAUUGCUUCAACGACGACCAGUCGGAAGCCUGGACGUGGCAGAAAAGGGAGGAAAGCGUUGACUAACGGGGAACGAGGAAAACAGGAUAAUGAUGGGGAAGGAGGAGGUGAAACUGCUGAGAACGCGCAAGGUAAUCACCGGAGCGGUAGAGGACGGCAUUCCGGUCGUGGACGUGGUCGUGGUCGCGGACGGGGCCGUGGAUUCGGCGAAAGCCUUCAAUGCGAUGGGGAGGAUGAAGCGCCGGCUACUGCGGACUUGAAUGCUGUAUCGGACAAUACUACCGGACAGUGA